GGCGGAGCGGCCCUAGAGAAGAGCGAGAGGCUGAACGGGGCGAAGCGGCCGAAGAGCAGCGACUCCCCGGCGUGAACAUGGCGGAGACCGCACGCUCGCUCCUCGAGCACCGGGACACACACGGUGAAGGAGAAGGCGCCAAGCCCACACCGUCAACUCGGGGGCGUGGCUGUGGAAGGAAGAGAAAAGGGACACCCGUUAAAGUUUUCGUCACACACACAGAGGAAGAUGGCGUGCCUGAACACAACCUCAGCUCAGGUGAUCGAAAGGAUGGAUCAGAGAAUAAACGGUCCACCCAGGACCGGUCUGUCUGUAACACAGAGUCUGCUCCUCGCAGCUGCGGUCCAUCAGAGCUGACUCAGGAUAAAGUCCCCGCUUUAUCCAAGACCUCCUCCACACCGGCUCUGUCUCCAGCUGCCUCCUCAGUUCGGACCCCCACACCAGUACCCGCUCCGGCUCCGGCCACCGCAGCCCCAGCUCAGGCCGUCUCUCUGAGCCCGGCGUCCACGGCUCCGGCUGCUCCCGCUGCCUCUGCUCCGGCUUCAGCAGCCAUGCCCUACCCUCCCUCCCCUAACUGUCGCAUCCGAGAGGUCCACUGCGGGAGCCAGGUGCGCUUGGUGGUAAUCGCCAUUCGAGACAUCACCAAAGGAGAGGAAAUUACAGUCGAUUACAGCCUGAUUGAGUGGGGAGAGAACCUGGGUUUCCGUGCCACCGUGUCUGCAGCGCAACAAGAGUGUAACUCUGACUCUGACAAUAUCAAAAAGGAGGACGAGCCUCUGUCUUUGACGUCCCAGCAGCAGCAGCGGCGACAACAACAACAACAGGAGUUUGUCACCCCCUCCUGGUCCCUCUCACCUUCGUCCUCCCCCAUCUCCCACUCUGAUGCCAGUGACUCGGAUGCUGGAGAUGAAGACAACUCCAGCCGACGUGGGCGUGCCCCACGUCGGCGAAAGAAACGGCGUGGGGCUCCUUUAAAGAAGAAACCCCCCCACCGGACCCCACCCGGGCGCUCGCCACCUGUCUCCUCCUCCAUUGUGUCUCAUCUCAAUCGACCACUUGCUUCACCCCAGUCCUUUCCUCCCUGCUCGUCUUCCUCAUCCUCUACUUCCUCCAAGCCCGAGUUCAAACCUCCGACCCCUCUGGGUCCCAGCGUCGCAGGAAAUGCCUCCGCUGAUGUCCCAAAAGGAGGAGGGGCUUCUGUCGAGUCCACGCGCCAAACCUGCCAACACUGUGGGCGACACUUCCGCUCUCUGGGCCGUCACUUGGAUAAACACCACUCCCACCAGCCCGACGUGUGCUCCGCCCUCGUUGAGCGCUACACCCAGAUGCCUCAUCUGCACGCACAGAGCACGACCACAGCCACGGCGCCCCCCCACACCCAGCAACGCUCAAAGUUGUCCCACGCCAGAGGUGUGAGCCUCUGUUCAGAUCCUGCACAGAGUGGCGUCCAGGACCUAUCCAUGUCCCUGCCCACUCUGACUGCAGCCAACCAAUCACACAUCUCCUCAGGGGGGAGCGCCACGCCACCUGUGCUGACUCCCCCCCACGGACAGAACGCAGUGGCGGUGUCCGUCCUAAAGAGGGGCCCACCUCCUGUUUCUGCGACCCAGUUCAGGAAGGGAGCGACGAGGAGACUAAAGAAAGAAAAACAAAUGAAGGAAGAAGAGGAUGAGGUGGAGGAAGAGGAAGUGGAAGUAGUAGCUGUAAAGAAACCAAAAGAGGAGGAGGAUUUAGAGCUGGGGUGCCCUCAGUCCUUCAGCUGCAAAACAGCCAAAGAGAUGAAG